CAGCGAACAGGAGACCCAGGCGAGUGUCGAGGCCGCGCCCGGUGCAGCCGGAGAGAAAUAACGCCGAGGAACGGGAUGAAGAGGCUGCAGACAUGGUUGCAGAAGAAUCAGGUCCUGGUGCACAGAAUAGUCCAUAUCAACUCCGCAGAAAAACUCUUGUCCCCAAAAGAACCGCUUGUCCAGCAAAGAGCAGCAUGGAGGGUGCUUCUACUUCAGCAACCGAAAAUUUUGGCCACAGAGCAAAACGUGCCAGGGUAUCUGGAAAAUCACAGGAUUUGCCAAUGGCUCCCGCAGAACAGUACCUUCAAGAGAAGCUUCCGGAUGAAGUGGUCCUAAAGAUCUUCUCCUACCUACUGGAGCAGGAUCUGUGCAGAGCAGCUUGUGUUUGCAAACGCUUCAGUGAACUUGCUAAUGAUCCCAUUCUAUGGAAACGUUUAUACAUGGAAGUCUUUGAAUAUACGCGUCCCAUGAUGCAUCCCGAACCAGGGAAGUUCUACCCAAUUAACCCUGAAGAAUACGAACACCCAAAUCCAUGGAAAGAGAGCUUUCAGCAGUUGUACAAAGGGGCGCAUGUUAAACCAGGCUUUGCAGAACACUUCUACAGCAAUCCCACGAGAUACAAAGGAAGAGAGAAUAUGCUGUACUACGACACUAUCGAGGAUGCCCUGGGUGGUGUCCAGGAAGCACAUUUCGACGGGCUCAUCUUUGUGCAUUCUGGCAUCUACACAGAUGAAUGGAUAUACAUUGAGUCCCCAAUAACCAUGAUUGGUGCAGCACCAGGAAAAGUAGCAGACAAGGUAAUUAUUGAGAAUACGAGAGAUUCCACAUUUGUAUUUAUGGAGGGAUCAGAGGACGCCUAUGUUGGAUACAUGACAAUACGGUUUAACCCCGACGAUAAAUCUGCCCAACAUCACAACGCUCAUCACUGCUUAGAGAUCACCGUAAACUGCAGCCCGGUCAUUGAUUUCUGUAUCAUCCGAAGUACUUGCACAGUUGGUUCUGCAGUUUGUGUGAGUGGCCAGGGGGCCUGUCCCACUAUCAAGCAGUGCAACAUUAGCGACUGUGAGAAUGUAGGACUCUACAUCACAGACCACGCACAGGGGAUCUACGAAGACAAUGAGAUCUCCAAUAAUGCACUAGCCGGGAUAUGGGUUAAAAAUCACGGCAACCCCAUUAUAAGAAGGAAUCACAUUCAUCACGGGCGAGAUGUUGGUGUUUUCACGUUUGACCACGGCAUGGGCUACUUUGAGAGCUGCAACAUACACAGAAACAGAAUAGCCGGUUUCGAGGUGAAAGCCUACGCCAACCCCACGGUGGUUCGCUGCGAAAUCCACCACGGCCAGACCGGAGGGAUCUACGUCCAUGAAAAAGGGAGAGGACAGUUUUUAGAGAACAAAAUCUAUGCAAACAAUUUUGCCGGUGUGUGGAUUACCUCAAACAGCGACCCCACUAUAAGGGGAAAUGCAAUUUUUAAUGGAAACCAAGGAGGAGUGUAUAUUUUUGGUGAUGGAAGAGGCCUUAUAGAAGAAAAUGACAUAUAUGGAAAUGCAUUAGCGGGAAUUCAGAUUCGUACAAACAGUUGCCCCAUUGUCAGGCACAAUAAAAUUCACGAUGGACAGCACGGCGGGAUCUACGUGCAUGAAAAGGGCCAGGGAGUAAUUGAAGAAAAUGAAGUUUACAGUAACACGUUGGCUGGAGUGUGGGUGACGACUGGGAGCACCCCCGUGUUACGGCGGAACAGAAUACACAGCGGGAAGCAGGUGGGAGUUUACUUCUAUGACAAUGGCCACGGGGUCCUGGAAGACAACGAUAUUUAUAAUCACAUGUAUUCUGGGGUACAGAUACGAACUGGAAGCAACCCUAAAAUAAGGCGGAAUAAAAUCUGGGGAGGGCAGAAUGGCGGUAUCCUUGUAUAUAAUUCUGGGCUUGGGUUCAUAGAAGACAAUGAAAUAUUUGAUAACGCAAUGGCCGGCGUCUGGAUCAAGACCGACAGCAAUCCGACCUUACGGAGAAAUAAAAUCCACGAUGGAAGAGACGGAGGAAUCUGUAUAUUUAAUGGAGGCAGAGGACUUCUCGAAGAGAACGACAUCUUCCGGAACGCCCAGGCGGGAGUACUUAUCAGCACCAACAGUCACCCGAUUCUAAGGAAAAACCGAAUAUUUGAUGGAUUUGCAGCAGGUAUUGAGAUAACCAAUCACGCCACAGCAACGCUUGAAGGCAACCAGAUCUUCAACAAUCGAUUUGGAGGGUUAUUUCUAGCGUCAGGGGUCAAUGUUACCAUGAAAGAUAAUAAAAUAUCCAACAAUCAAGAUGCCAUAGAGAAAGCAGUGAGCAGAGGCCAGUGUUUAUAUAAGAUAUCCAGUUAUACCAGUUAUCCAAUGCACGACUUCUACAGAUGUCACACCUGCAACACCACCGACCGCAACGCAAUCUGCGUCAACUGCAUCAAGAAAUGUCACCAAGGACACGACGUGGAGUUUAUCCGACACGACAGGUUUUUCUGUGACUGCGGCGCAGGAACACUGUCCAAUCCCUGCACAUUAGCCGGAGAGCCGACCCACGAUACAGACACACUAUAUGACUCUGCUCCACCCAUAGAAUCUAAUACUUUGCAACACAACUGAUACAACCCCUUUUCCAUGGGAAAGUCCUGCCAUUCUAACUCGUUAAAAAAAAAAAA